GGGGCAUCCGCAGAUAAUGUCUCCUCUGGCGAAGGCGCACCACAAUCAGCCUGGUCUUUGUGGGCGCUUUGAGGCGUUUGUGUGAAUGGCCCUGUAGCUCUAACAGUUCGGGACUCAGAUACUUAUGGCGAAAAGCGCCACUAACAAAUUAGCGAACGCUUACACGGAAUUAAAUGAUGUGAACCCCUUUAACCCUCUUAGCAUUUCGAGAAGGCUAACGUGUCCACAGCCUUUCGAUCGGCGCAUGCGAUUCGAGAAGUAGGCCAACCAGAAGGCCCAGGGUGACGACGAGGCCCAACUGAUCGAUGAGACCUUCUGCCAGUCUCGGGAGUACGUACGGCCUGCCACCUACUGGCGGCUGGGGUAUGGGCAUCGGCUGCCUGACUAUGUUCCUGACCGAUAACCACAGUGUCAAGGGGGUCAUGACUUUCCCGAUAAUGAAGACAAGUCAGCGGACAAAACACCAGUAACAUGAAGAGAAGUGUACUCGUCUAGGGAAUGACCCACUACCAUGUCCGCGGGAACGCC